GCAGAGGGAGAGAGAGAGAGAGAGAGAGAGAGAGAGAGAGAGAGAGAGAGAGAGAGAGCUAUAGCAACGAUCAUUCUUGGCGCACAAAGAGAGAGAGAGAGAGAGAGAGAGAGAGAGAGAGAGAGAGAGAGAGAGAGAGAGAGAGAGAGAGAGAAACGAUAGGCUUGUUGGGAGUGAUCGAUCAAUCCAGCUUUCUGCAAGGCUGAAUGGAGAUAGGGAGAGCAGCCGCCCCUGUGAAGGAGAGAAAAGAUCAUCAUACUGUAUAUAUAGAGGGAGAAAGUUUUGAAGGAGAGAGAAGAUAGGAAGCAGAGAGGAAGAAAAAACGGACAUAGUGGGAGGAGAGCUCGAUGGUGACCUCAUCAACGCCAUCCUCAACUUGUAAGUGAAGGCAAUUCUUUUUCUUGCUUCUAUAGGUGCUACGAUCGCUCCUUCCCUGGGAGGGUAAGCGUUGUCUCCCGAUCCCACCCAUUUCAUUUUGUCACUUUAUCACGUCGUUAUUGAAGCUCGGUGGUGGCAAGACCAGCGGAGGCUGCUCCUUACUGGGGGUAUGAACCCUCUCACGACUUUUCCUGCGAUUGUUUUCCUGCGAAGAUGGAUUUGGUGUGAGGAUCAGGGAGAGGAGAUGAUCAGGGUGAUGCCACCAUGGAGGGGAGUUAUGGAAGUGAAGUUACUUUACUUGGGUAAAGGUGAUGUUCUCGGAGGAACGACACAUGCGUUGAUGAGACUGGAAAGACGAAUCGCGGGGAAAGUUUUCGAUUCUUUGAUUUAUAUAUCACAAAAUGUUUCAGCGGUUCUGCUGACUGUGGAGCUGCAGACACCGACGCAGAAGUUGCAGCAGAUAGCAGGAGUUUGUUGUGACUCCUCUUAGUCGUUGAUAGCUAAGAGGGUCGACAUAGUGUCGCCUUAUUGCAGUGCUGGGGAAUACAGGUCACAAGAAAACUGGUCCAAGUGAAUCGAGUCAAUCGACGACUUUCGCCAUGCCUACAGACGAUGGGUCAAGUGCACAUACAGACAAGCACACCACAAACACACUGCCAAUCACAACACACCCUCACACACCGGUGCAUGAAAUCCAAUAUUUAUGUCAUACCAAAUCAUUCGGAUUUCACUUGUUUGAAUUUUUAUAUGCACAAUAUGCCAUAAUCACAACUAUUUUCACAUUCUUCUGUGUCAGAAGCUCUCACAAAUUUUGUUCAAUAAAAUUCACAAAGAUUA